CCCUGUCAGCAGUUUUCGCACUUCGCAAUGUAUACUAUAGGUGUCGUGGUCACAGUCCCCUAUCAGUCGAACUAGUGCCGCGUGUGAGACAGGUCGCGUCCGGCCACCCGACGCCGCGACAGUCAACACGAUUAUCGCCCGGCUAUAGUGUGAUAAAAAUGAAAACUACCCCGACAGAUCCGCUUAGUGACCGGUACCCUCGAAGUGUUAUUACAGUGAUUUAAAAUAACGCAUAUAGCUUAUCAUUUGGAGACUUGUGUGUCAGCAGUGAUAACAGUGGCGGUGACAGUUAUUUCGACGCAUUACAUCACCUGUUAAUUGGUCGAAGCUAUCAUUAUUAUAGUUAUCAAUUAGGGAUCAAGGGUAGUCGAGUCAGUAGCGCCUAAAAGGUAGAAGUGGCAGCACUUCUUUGUCGGAAGUGCUAGGAAAAUGCCAGUGUUCGGCUGCGAGAUGUUGACAUCGUCCGAGCUCUGCCCCAUGGGGUACGGAACGGCGCCCGAGUACAUGCUGCCGGGGCCCGCCAUGACCUGGGACAAGCCUCAGGAGAGGCAUAACUUCAGUUUCACGCAUAAUAGGAGUAUCUCGGAAGAGCUGAGCCGCCCACCAUUGGCAACCACGGUGUAUAAUAACAAUAGCGAAGACAGCGACAUGCAGCUAGAGACGAGCAGCAGCGAGGCGAGCGCCGGCAGCUCCGCGGCCGUGUCGCAGCACUGCGCCAUCUGCGGCGACCGCGCCACCGGCAAGCACUACGGCGCCAGCUCCUGCGAUGGCUGCAAGGGCUUCUUCCGGCGCAGCGUGCGCAAGAACCACCUCUACACCUGCAGGUUCAGCAGAAAUUGCGUAGUGGAUAAGGACAAAAGAAAUCAAUGCAGAUAUUGUAGGUUAAGAAAAUGCUUUAAAGCCGGCAUGAAGAAAGAAGCCGUCCAAAACGAGCGAGACCGUAUCAACUGCCGCCGGCCAUCGUACGAGGAGCCCACGCAAGCAAACGGGCUCUCCGUUGUAUCCCUGCUGAACGCCGAGCUGCUCAGCAGGAAGGUCAUAGACGAGACCAUCAACGUGUCGGACGCGGAGAUCAACAAUCGCAAGCUAGCGAAGAUCAACGACGUGUGCGACUCCAUCAAACAACAGCUGCUGAUCCUCGUGGAGUGGGCCAAAUACAUCCCCGCCUUCACUGAGCUCCACCUUGACGACCAGGUGGCGCUGCUGCGCGCGCACGCGGGCGAGCACCUGCUGCUGGGCUGCGCGCGCCGCUCGCUGCACCUCAAGGACGUGCUGCUGCUCGGCAACAACUGCAUCAUCGCCAAACACAACAUCGACGGGCGUAUGGACAUAGACAUCAGCAUGAUCGGGAUGCGAGUGCUGGACGAGAUCGUAAAACCGCUGCGAGAAAUCGACAUUGACGACACAGAGUUCGCCUGCCUCAAGGCCAUCGUCUUCUUCGAUCCUAACGCUAAAGGCCUAUCACAGCCGCAAAAGAUCAAGCAGCUCCGCUACCAAGUGCAGAUAAACCUGGAGGACUACAUCAGCGACCGGCAAUACGACGGCCGCGGCCGCUUCGGCGAGCUGCUGCUGAGCCUGCCGCCGCUGCAGAGCAUCACGUGGCAGAUGAUCGAGCAGAUACAGUUCGCCAAGUUGUUUGGAGUCGCACACAUCGAUAGCCUGCUGCAGGAGAUGCUUCUUGGAGGUGAGAUAAUUGCAAGAAUUAGGACAGUUCGACGCUUGCCGGUAUUUUGGAAAGUUACUGCUGAGCCUGCCGCCGCUGCAGAGCAUCACGUGGCAGAUGAUCGAGCAGAUACAGUUCGCCAAGUUGUUUGGAGUCGCACACAUCGAUAGCCUGCUGCAGGAGAU